AUGUUGAAGUGUAAGCAACGAAAAGAGUUGAAGCUGAAGCUGGACCAGAUCCGCAGACGUCCGAACCAGGUCCGAAGUUUUGAAGAGUUCAUGUCCACUGCCAUUCUCGUGUUGACGAGAACACCAACUCCACCAAUUCCUCUACUAUCUCAUGUUGCUGAGAACGAUUCUUCUCCUGUCUCAUACAUGUCAAUUAAUGAAUGUGUUGUAUCCUCUCGAUCAGUCCGACGUCGUUUCUAA